CUCUCGGCGAGUUAGUCCGACUUGGGAGUUCAAUACGGCUCAACGCUUCCUUUCGCUUUAGAUUGUAUAUUUACGUACUGUUAAUUUAAAAAAAAUAUUUUUGUUACAAGUGAACGCUGUUUCUUCAAAUAUUUAAUUGUUAGAAUAAACUAUUUACAAAAUACUAGCUUGACUGGAUCAAUAUGUUGAAGUUCGUGACAACAUUUUUGAUAAUAGUAUCGACAGUACAUAGCCAAUGUUUUUACAAAGAUGAUUCUUCAAAGAAGUUGGAUCCAGACGCAAAGGUUUCUCUUUACCGCGGGCAGCUCGAGUUCACUCUGAACCUCUUCAAUGCCAUUAAUAAAGCAGUGCCUGACGACAACAUCUUCUUCUCACCAUUCUCUGUAUAUCAUUCUCUAUUGUUAGCUUAUUUUGCUACUGGAGGAAAUACAGAGCAGUCACUCAAGAAGUCACUACAGAUCGAUGAAAAAUUGGAUAAAAUCAAUUUGAUGACGGCGUACAAAGUGGACAAGAGACUACGUCUCCUGAACAACAAUAGCGACAGCUAUGAGUUUACCAGCGCUAACAAGAUGUUCGUGGACGAAGCCAUGCCCGUGCGACAGUGCUUGCUCGACAUGUUCGCGGAGGAGCUGCAGACCUUGAAUUUCCACGAACACCCAGAUGUGUCUCGUCAAUUCAUCAAUGAUUGGGUAGCUCGCGUGACGAAGAAUAAUAUAAAGGAUUUGUUGCCUGAAGACGGCAUUACGGAGGCGACCAAGCUAGUGCUGGCUAACGCGGCUUACUUCAAGGGUGUCUGGGCAUCGAAGUUUCCUGCCGAGAGGACCAGAAAGGAAGCCUUCUUUGUGUCUGAAACGCGGCAGACGCUCGUGCCUUUCAUGAAGCAGAAGGGCACUUUCCACUAUUCGGUGAACGAUGAACUCGGCGCGCAAAUAUUGGAGCUCCCAUACAAGGGCAAUGACAUCAGCAUGUACAUUUUGCUGCCACCUUAUUCUAUGAAGGAAGGAGUAACGAAUAUCAUUGCCAAUCUUACCCCAGAAAGACUUUCAGCAGUCGUGGAAGAGGGCUACAUGGGCCGUGAGGUGAUAGUGGAAAUCCCCAAGUUCACAAUUGAAAGAAAAUUGCCGCUCAGAGAGGUUUUGGAAAAUCUUGGAGUCGGUGACCUGUUCAAUGCAACUGCUGACUUCAGCACUCUGACGGAAUCUCACGGUGUUAUGUUCGACGAUGCGGUGCACCAAGCUAAAAUACAAUUAGAUGAAGAAGGUACAGUCGCAGCCGCUGCCACAGCCAUCUUUGGGUUCCGAUCGUCGCGCCCUCUAGAGCCAAGUCGUUUCGUGGCAAAUUUCCCUUUCGUAUACCUGGUCUACGAGCGACCCACCAACUCCGUACUCUUCAUGGGCGUCUACAGAGACCCCAAGAAGUAAACACAACUUGAUCCAUCUUCCGUGUUAAAGUAUUAUUUUUAUUACUUGUUUUAUCAAAGUAAAAGUAUAAUGCGGAUUCUUAUUACUUUUUUGGUAAAAUUGAUAUUUCUCUUAUUUAAUUUCCUAAGUUUUUAUCGAGCAAGUAUCCAGUAAAUUUUGUGUGUGGCGACCCACCGUUGUUAUACGUAACAAUAUUAACUUAAAUAUCAUUUGGGAUCGUUAAAAUGACGACCAUUUCAUACUUAUGGGGAAAUAAAGUAAAACAUUUUUCCCACACCAAUGCUAAUAAAUUAACUUUUUCUUCACCUUUUCUACAUUAAAAUAGUUUUAGAUUAAACGUAGGUAUUUAAGUUUUAUCUGUAUUACUUUUAAGACCUAGUUUAGCACUAUUUAUUAUAUUUUUUUACUUGUAUUAUCUGUUAUAUGUAUAAGAUAUUGUGUGUUGUUAACUUUAAAAGUGGCGUGUAAUGACAAAACUAUCGUCACAAUAAUGAUCUCGGUCGGUUGUAGAAUGAAUUUUCUAGAAUUGACUUACGAUUUACACAAUUAAAAAUUAAUGCAAAAAGGUGAUUAGACCAGAUUUUUGUCUUUUAUAAUAAAACCUGA